CGUGAGCCGGUAGACUAUCAAAUCUUCAUCUCUUCCAAUCUCCUUUUUUUUCUUACUCUUCAGUUGCUCUGCUCUUCUACAUCAAUCGUCGAUGAUUGCCAUGGCGGAUAUGAUUCUUGAUCCAAUCAUGGAGAAGCUCAUCAGCGCUGGCUUCCGUUACCUGAAAGAUCAAGUCAGAUGGCAGAAACGCACAAAGGAGGAGCUUGAAAAGCUGAAAGAGAUUCUCCCCCAAAUCCAAGCUGUCGUCAACUUUGCUUCCAACCAGGAGCAGACCAUAGAAGAAUAUCCGGAUCUUAACAAAUGGCUAUGGAAGCUACAAGAUGCCAUUGAUGAUGCAUUUGACGUCGUUGAUGAGCUGGAGUACAUGGAGCUUGAAAAGCAGGUGACCAAAGACAAGAAGCUGAGAAGGGUGCGUUCCAUCAUGAAAUCCAUGAAGAAAAAACUUGUCAAAUUUGGCAAACGUGCUGUCAAAAUUGAUCCCACCUUGAAGCGACUGGAGGCGGCUGUGCAGAAACUUGAUAAAGUUACAACAACUGGUGUUGAUACUUUCCUUCAUCUUGUAAAAGACGCAAAGCAGGAGCUUCAGAAACAGCAGCUUGAGCUGCACGGAGCACGUGAAACGGGAGCCUUGCCUAAAAAUGAUCUCAUUGGGCGGGGCAAGGAUAAGGAGCUUGUUAUGGAGUGGCUGAGGAAUCCAUCAAACGAGCAUCGGGGAACUGAUUUGUACAGAAACAUUUCUCUUUUAUCUAUAGUCGGCCAUGGUGGUAUGGGGAAGACAACUCUCUUGCAACAUGUUUAUAAUGAUGAAAUUACAAAGGAAUUUGGUCGUAAAAUGUGGGUUUGUGUUUCCAACAACUUUGAUGUGAAGAAAGUCAUUGCAGAUAUGUUGCAAUCUCUUAAGAUGGAGAGGCCUCGUUGUGACACACUUGAUGCACUUCAAAAUAGUCUUCGGACUGAGAUUAUGUCCAAAAAGUUCUUACUUGUGCUGGAUGAUAUUUGGGAGGAGGAUGAGGAGAAGGAUAAAAGCAAAUGGGAGGAUGUGCUCGCCCCUCUAUCUUCUGGGGGUUUUGGUAGUAAGAUUCUGCUAACAACUCGAGAAGAAUCAAUUGCACUGAUGCUUGCAAAGGUAAUUAAAAAGAAGAAGGAAAUAGUUAAAUUACAGGGCCUAGAGGAAGAUGAGUGUUUGCUGCUCCUCAACUCUCAUGCAUUUGCUGGUGUAGAGAACCCUAACGAUCAUGGAAAUUUAAGAGUCAUUGCUCGAGAUAUAGUUAAAAAGCUUUUAAGAUCUCCGUUGGCAGCUAAGGUCAUUGGUGGUGUUCUGAAUGAGGACUUGGAUGUAAGGCAUUGGAGGACAGUUCUAGAAAGCAAUUUAUUGGGUCGGAAUUCUAUCCAUUCUAUCUUAAGACUGAGCUAUAUAGUUCUGUCAAACAAUCUACGAAAUUGCUUUGCAUUUUGUUGUAUGUUCCCAGAAGAUCAUAAGUUUGAUAAAUAUGAUUUAGUCCGAAUGUGGAUUGCAUUGGGUUUCAUUCAGCCAUCUCAAGAAAUGACUAUGGAGGAUAUCGGAGGAAGGUAUUUUGAUGCUUUAGUCAAAAAAGCUUUAUUUGACAAGGUCGAGGAUGACUACAAGAUGCAUGAUUUAAUACAUGAGUCAGCAUCUAAAUUUUUUGCUCAGGUAUGCGGUAAAUUUGUGGAUGAUCAAAAGCCAUCUUUCAAAAUUUCUGAGACUAUUCGACACUUGUCAGUUCUAAAUGCAAAACUAGACAUCUUAAGAAAUAUUGAGAAGUUGAAACAUUUGCAUUCUCUUUUCUUUUUCUAUAAAGAUUUUAAUGAUCAGGAUCUUUGCGGUGGACUUAUUGAAGUAUUGAAAACAUCGAGAAGCCUACGCUUAUUAUACAUAUGUAUUGGUCAAGUUGAAUUGAAAAUGAUACCUGAGGAGAUUGGAAAUUUGAUACAUCUUCGAUACUUAAAGAUUCAAGAUAUUAAUUUGACUAUGCUGCCAAAAUCUCUAAGUAAUCUCUAUCACUUGCAAUACAUAAUCUAUAAGAGGCCAUAUAGCUCAAGCAAUCCUGAAGGUGAUGUUUUUUUACCAAGUGACAUUAAUAGCCUUUCUAACUUGCGUUACGUGGAAUUUCCCAAUAAUUAUAUUUCAUCAAUAUAUGGGAUUGGGAAGCUAAAGUCUCUUUCAGAACUGUAUAUAUUUGAUCUUAGAGAUGUGAGUGGUUAUAGAAUUGGGGAGUUGGAGAAUAUGAAUGAUCUUUGCAAAUUAGGAAUCAAUUGCCUUGAAAAUGUUAAGGAUGCCGAAGAGGCUUGUAGUGCCAAAUUAUAUUCCAAGAGUAGGCUCAGAGAUUUAACCUUAUGUUGGAGUAACACUUCUUAUUCGAGGAACAUCGAUUUAGAUGAGAACGUGCUUGACGAUAUUCAGCCACCAAAAUGUCUAAGCAGUCUGAGCAUAAAGAGAUACAUGGGUGCAAGGUCUCCAAUAUGGACGAACAAUGUCAAUUGGAUCUUCAAUCUAGAGAAAAUCGAAUUGUCAGAUUGCAGAGAGUGGGAAACUCUUCCACCUUUUGGGCAACUUCCCUUCCUCAAGUCACUGGAACUUUAUAACAUGCCGAAAGUAAAAUGGCUCGAAAGUAAAAUUAAUGGGAUUGAUAAAUACCGUGCCUUUCCAUUGCUAGAGAAGUUAUAUAUUGAGGGAUUAGAAGCAUUAGAGGAUUGGUUUGAGGCAGGAGUAGCUGCUGAAGAUGGAUGUUUGUUUCCUUGCUUAAUUCGACUGAAGCUACGUCACUGCCCGAAGUUGAAAGAGUUGCCCUCUUUGCCCCCUAAGCUCAAGUUCUUGUGGAUGGAUAACAUGGGGUGGAAGACUUUGAAUUUUUGUAGCAAUUCAAAUCCUAUUCCCCUUCAAUCAUUAUCUGUCAUUGACUGUCCAAACAUUACAUCUAUUCCUCUGGCUGAUGAAAUAGCAAGGCUUGCAGCACUAAGAUACUUGAGAAUUAAAAAGUGCCCUAAUCUGAUCUCUCUGGGAAGAUAUCGAGAAGUGGAGACCACUUAUAAUUGUUAUCUCAUACUUAGCAAUCUCUGGAUAAGUGAUCCAUCCGUGUUGCUAAUGGAGCCAUUGAGAUGUGUCGCCUCUUUAAAAGAGCUGACUAUUAGGGAUAAUGAUGAGGUGGUUUCAUUUCCAAAUGAGGUGGAGCAAUGGUUUCUGACUGUUAGGUCUUCUCUUUCUGAGCUGUAUAUUUUUAAUCUCAAAUCCUUACAGUCUCUCCCUUCCACCUUCGAAAGCUUACCUUCACUUCAGUAUCUAAAUAUCAUUGGCGUUCAUAUGCUUCGGGAAUUACCGAACCUUCCUCCCUCUUUGGAACGUCUAGAAAUUUGGGGAUGUCAUCCAGAGUUAAAGGAGCGCUAUGGAGAGGAUGGAGGCUCCGAUCGGCACAAGAUUGCUCACAUUCCUGAUAUCUCUAUUCGUUAAUGAAAAUUUCAAAAUACAUAAAGCAAACUUCUUUCUUUCUUCUUAUCUUAUUUGUUUGAUAUAUAUGAAAUGUGAAGAAUGCAAUCUCAGCGAGAAACAGUUUGUAAGCACUCAAUUUUAUUUAUGUAUCACUUCGUUGUCCUUUUAUAUACUAGUACAAAUGCAUGUGCACAUGAAUAAAAAAAAAUAAUUAUUAUAGUUUACUUCCAACACA